CCUUUCCGUCACUCACUGUACUGCCAGUUUGCCUCAUUCUUUCUUUUGUGGUUCCGUAAUCCAUAGUCAAAAUAAAGAAAGACCAGCAGAAUCAUUACCAUUUCUAGAGAGGUUUAAUCAUUCCCAAAGGCAUAAUGGCAGAACCUGAAGUUGUGGAUUUAGAUCUAACAAUAGAUGAUUUAGUUCCUAAGAGCCCUGAAAGAUUGGCUGAAGAAAAAAAGGAAAGCGGAAACCACAUGUAUAAAUUUAAAAAUUAUAAAGGUGCAUUGGCUAUGUAUGAAGAAGCUAUUAAAUUAUGUCCAGAAAAUGCUGCUUACUAUGGCAACAGAUCUGCCUGUUAUAUGAUGCUUGGCAUGUACAAAAAUGCCUUAGAAGAUGCCCAAAAAGCUGUGGCACUUGAUAACACCUUCACUAAAGGCUAUAUUCGUAUGGCUAAAUGCUGUAUUGCACUUGGUGACUUAUCUGGUGCAGAGCAAGCAGUACGACGUGCCAGUGAACUUGGUGGACCAGAUUGUGCAUCAAACGAACGUCGAGCGAUUAAAUCUUUACAACGUUUGCAUGAUGAUGCACAGCGUGCUAUGGAAGCUGGCGACUAUCGACGCGUCGUCUUUUGUAUGGAUCGAUGCUUAGAAUACAGUCCCUCAAGCUCUAAAGCGAAACUUUUGAAAGCUGAAUGUUUGGCUAUGAUCGGGCGAUGUCAGGAAGCACAGGAAAUAGCAAAUGAUUCUCUAAGAUUUGACAGUUUUAACACAGAAGCCAUAUAUGUCCGAGGAUUAUGCCUUUAUUUUGAGGACAAAGAUGAACAAGCCUUUAAACAUUUUCAACAAGUAUUACGUCUUGCACCUGAUCACAAAAAAGCAAUGGAAGCAUAUAAAAAGGCCAAAUUAUUGAAACAAAAGAAAGAAGAAGGUAAUGAAGCAUUCAAAAUGGGUCGAUGGCAACAAGCUUUGAACCUUUACAAUGAAGCAUUAACUAUUGAUAAAAAUAAUAGAAAAGUCAAUGCAAAACUGUACUUCAAUAAGGCUACAGUGUGCUCUAAGUUAAACCAAAUAAAAGAAGCAGCUGAGGCUUGUACAUCUGCAUUAGAGCUGGAUGAAACAUAUGUUAAAGCAUUACUACGACGAGCAAAAUGUUACAUGGAAAUUGAACAGUAUGAAAAUGCUGUGAAAGAUUACGAAACUCUUUAUAAAAUCGACAAGUGUAAAGAAAAUAGACAAUUACUGCAUGAAGCUAAAUUAGCCGUUCGAAAAUCCAAACGUAAAGACUACUACAAAAUUCUUGGCGUUGACAAAACAGCAUCUGAAGAUGAUAUUAAGAAAGCCUACAGAAAACGCGCUCUAGUUCAUCAUCCAGAUCGGCAUGCAGGUGCGCCCGACAAUGAGCGAAAGGAACAAGAGCGACGCUUUAAAGAAGUAGGCGAGGCUUACGAAGUCCUUAGUGAUCCAAAAAAACGUGCGCGCUAUGAUCAUGGCCAAUAUCUUUCUGACGAUUCUUCGGGCAUGGCUGAUUUCGAUCCAAAUAUGGUGUUCCAAACAUUCUUCAGUCGUGGGGGCCAACAAUUUGACCUCAGUGGUGCUGGUGGAUUUCCAGGUUCUGCUUUCAGCUACCAAUAUGGAUAAAAUAAUAUUGUGUAGAUAUUGUCUUUUUGAUACCCAAAAUCAAAUUAAACAAAAAAAAUAUUGUCAUUCCAUAAAAAUAAGACGUUUUUGUUUUGGUUAAUACAAAAAAUAUAGGCUCACUCAUCAACUUCAACCAAAAUAAACCAAAAAAUAUAUUACAUAAA